GUGUGGAUAUUUUGUCUCAUGCUGAAGAAGAAACGAAAAGUAUAUGAGAAAAAAGAGUUAAUCGUUGCUUUCUUCGUCGAUCCAUCGUCGAUUCGAGGAGGAUGGCUAGAGGAAGCUCGCAGUCGCAGGCGACUUCGUCGGCGGGUGGUGCAGGACGGCCGACGACGGUUGGCCCGCGGGGGACACCAGCGGCUGCUGCCGGGAUGCGGAGGCGGAGACUCGGCAGCGGGGGCGGGGGCGGCUCGGCUGGGGGGUUCGGCGGUGGUGGGAGCAACAUGUUGCGCUUCUACACCGACGAUGCGCCUGGGCUCAAGAUGACUCCCACGGUCGUCCUGGCCAUUAGCCUCUGCUUCAUCGGCUUCGUCACCGCCCUCCACGUCUUCGGUAAGCUUUACCGCUUCCGAUCCGCCGGCGUCUCUUGAUCCAUCAUUGCUCGAUCUAGGGAAGAAAGCUGGAAACGGGAAGAUCAAGUAAAAUUUCACGAUCUCUCUCUCUCUCUCUUUUUUUUUUUUUUUUUUAACAUGCUGUAAUCGUUCUUUUGUUUCUUCUCUGAUCGAUCAAGUAUGCUGUUGCUUUGAAAUUAGGGUUUGAAGGCAGAGUAAUUUGCAGAAAUUCUAGGAUAAGAAUCUUGUACCCUUUAAUCUUUCUUGCACUAGCACUUCUCUAAUCAGUUCUUUAUUCCUCGCAAUUAUUGAACUGAAUCCAGUUUUACCACUCGAUUUAAAUGCCAAUAACUCCUCCUUUUAUUGGUUAUGUUUGUUCUUCGAUUAUUUGGUGAAAUUAUGAAGGUUCCCAACGAAAUGUUGCGCCUUGAAUUGUUUGCCAAGCUAUUUUUUUAGCUCAAACUAUAUGCUGAAACUUCAUUCUACUUUUAAGAUCAAUUGAUGCCAUUGUUCAUAAAUUUGCUUUCUCAUUCAUAGGCUCUGAGCCAAUUAUCAUAUUCAAUAUGUAUGAUCAAACAAUUGAUAGAGGAAUUAUCAAUUAUUAGUGGUUUUUAAAAUGGAUGGUACGUAGGAAAAAUGGAUGAGGUUUAAGCUUACUGUCAUUCUUGUCUACCUCAGAGGAUGGAAAGUAAUUGACAUCGAUGCAAUAGGAAUGCAUAGAUUAUGGGUGAAUGUAAUUAUAGGUUUGAAUAAUCAAAUGACUUCAUUUGUGAGAGAAAAUUAGUAGUGUGGUUGAAGAUCUAUGAGAAACUGACAUCUGUUGUUGUAAUUCUUCAUAUAUACAAAUUUCAUUGUUUCCAUUUUCAUUCAAUUUGGAAAGUUAUACAGUUUUCAUUUUCAUCUCCAUUCUUGGUGUUUCCUCUCAAGUAAGCAUCCGAAAGAAAAUCUUAUCAAUAGUUUUCCACCCACUCCUUUCCAUCUUUUCCCUUUUCAUUUUUAACUCUUUUCAACGGUAUUGCUGAUUAGCUUCUUAGGAAUUAGGAUGCAACUAAAACAAUUGAGUGCUUGAAUGAAAUUAGAGAGUUGCAAUUAAUUUAAUACUACUAAUAUUCAACUGUUCAACAUGUUCGACGUAUACAAAUACGUCACUCAACGUGUUCGACGUAUAAUUGUUAUCUGUUGUAAUUCGUCAUAUCGACAAAUUUAACCGUUUCCAUUUCGUUCAAUUUGGAAAGUUAUACAGUUUUCAAUCUCAUCUCCAUCAUUUUUCUUCUCAAGUAAGCAUCAGAAAGAAAAUCUCAUCAAUAGUUUUCAACCCACUCCUUUCCAUCUUUUCCCUUUUCUGUCAAAGCAAACCAACCCUUGAUAUCUCUUCCUAAAUUGUGAUAAUCCUAUAAAAGUAUGAGUUUUUUAUUUCUCUAACCUUUCGAAGGUGCUAAUUAGCUUAGUACCUUUUGCAAUUUUUUAUGUUUGUUCAUAAUAAAUGACUGCACUGUUAUAUGGAAACUCAUGUAUAGACCAAACCUUUUGUUGGUUAUAUAUCUAAAUGUCCUCGAGUCAUAUGCUCAGUUACUAGCCUUAUCAACCUUUGGACAAGAUCAAGUGUGCCUUAACCUUGCCACACUCCAACAAAUGGGUAUCGAUGCCUUGAUUAUUUGCAUGCUGUUCAUGGUAUGUUGUGGCCUGUACCAUUUUACAUCAGAUGAUGUAAAUAUUCUGAAAUUAUCUUCUUCCAUAGAACAGAGAUAGCUAAUCACACAUCCUUGAGGAUUUCAUGUUGCUAUUCAUGCCACAUUACCGACAAUAACUCUAUGAUUGUUAACUAAUACCUAAUUCUUAAUUGGAACUUCCUAAUUAUACUUAACGAUACUCAGUUGUUGAUUAAACUUGGGGAACCUUUUUCACUUGUCAAUUAAAAGAUUGUGCGUAUGGUAUUACUGUUA